AUGGCUGGGAAAACUACUUCCGUGGUCGCUCACCAGCAUGUAUUUUCCCACGAUUUGCGAUCCGCUUCUUUUGUAGUGCAGGACUUUUCCAUAGAUGGUCCAAACGAUAUCUCAGGUUUAGAGAAACUGGUGCUUACAACAUUCCCUCAUCUUGCUGGGACCAAGCUUGAUGUUCAUGUCCUAGAUGAUGGUCUCUCAAAUCUACUACUUCGCGUAGAUUGUGUUCAACAAAACGAAGAGUCUUUUGCGUUUCUGGUACGCAUUAACGGCCUGGAAACGAAUUCGAUUGUUGAUCGGGAAUUGGAAUUGAAUUGUAUGUGCGCUUUAUGCGAAAUUCGGGGUGUUCCAAAAGUCUACUGUGUUUUCAACAAUGGUAUCAGUUACUCCUAUGCCAAAGGUCGUGCUAUGGCUCUACCUGAUUUCCUUCUCGGUGAUUACCAUUGGUAA